CGCGGCCCGCCCCGCGCUGCGCUCCCGCCGCACGGCGGGCAGGCGGCAGGCGGCGGCCGCUGCGGCGUGGGGCCGCGCCCCGGAGGAGGAGGCGGCGGCGGCGGUGGAGCGGGCCCAGGUUCUGGAUUGUGCCUGAGCAGAGUGCUGAGAUAAGCCCCUGGAAGCAGUUGCCAGGGCAGGGUGACGAGCAGCCAUGACAACAGAGACAGGUCCUGAUUCGGAGGUGAAGAACGCGCAGGAGGAGGCCCCGCAGCAGCAGCUGGAGGCAGCCACCCACGGCCCCACUGCCGUGGCUGCCAGCCGGGAAGCUGAGGCCAACGAGAAGCCUGGGGCGCAGCCCGACGCCCGAAACAUGGAGCCGGGCACAGACAUGGAAGAAAAGGACUACAGCGAGACCGAUGGGCUCUCUGAUAAAACAACGCCUAGCAAGACCCAGAAGUCGCCCCAGAAAAUUAACAAGAAAAUCAAGAGUGCCCUCUGCAGAGUGACCCUGCUUGAUGCCUCUGAGUAUGAGUGCGAAGUGGAGAAGCAUGCCCGAGGCCAGGUCCUCUUCGACAUGGUGUGUGAGCACCUUAACCUUCUGGAGAAGGAUUACUUCGGCCUUACCUUCUGCGACUCCGACAGCCAGAAGAACUGGCUGGACCCCUCCAAGGAGAUCAAGAAGCAGAUCCGCAGUGGACUCUGGAACUUCGCCUUCACUGUGAAGUUUUACCCUCCUGACCCUGCCCAGCUCACGGAGGAUAUCACAAGAUACUACUUGUGCCUGCAGCUGCGUGCGGACAUCAUCACAGGGCGCCUCCCCUGCUCCUUCGUCACGCACGCCCUGCUGGGCUCAUAUGCCGUGCAGGCUGAACUGGGCGAUUACGAUGCCGAGGAGCAUGUGGGCAACUAUGUCAGCGAGCUUCGCUUCGCCCCCAACCAGACACGGGAGCUGGAAGAGCGCAUCAUGGAACUGCACAAGACCUACCGGGGCAUGACUCCUGGGGAAGCAGAAAUCCACUUCCUGGAGAACGCAAAGAAGCUUUCCAUGUACGGGGUGGACCUGCACCAUGCCAAGGACUCAGAGGGCAUCGACAUCAUGCUGGGCGUCUGCGCCAACGGCCUGCUCAUCUACAGGGACCGGCUGAGGAUCAACCGUUUUGCCUGGCCCAAGAUCCUUAAAAUUUCCUACAAGAGGAGCAACUUCUACAUCAAAAUCCGCCCUGGUGAGUACGAGCAGUUUGAGAGCACCAUUGGCUUCAAGCUGCCCAACCACCGCUCUGCCAAGCGUCUCUGGAAGGUCUGCAUAGAGCAUCACACCUUCUUCAGGCUGGUGUCCCCAGAGCCACCCCCGAAGGGCUUCCUGGUGAUGGGCUCCAAGUUUCGCUACAGCGGGCGGACGCAGGCACAGACACGGCAGGCCAGCGCCCUCAUUGACCGCCCAGCCCCCUUCUUCGAGCGCUCCUCCAGCAAACGGUACACCAUGUCUCGCAGCCUUGAUGGAGAGUUCUCACGCCCGGCCUCCGUCAGCGAGAACCACGAUGCUGGAGCAGUGGGUGAGAAGCAGGAUGAGGAUGGUGAGUUUGGCAGUGGGAGACGGUCCGAGACAGAGGACGAGGAGGUGACUACCCCAACAAAGAUCAAGGAGCUGAAGUUUUUAGACAAGCCAGAAGAUGUUUUGCUAAAGCAUCAGGCCAGCAUCAAUGAGCUGAAACGGACCCUGAAGGAGCCCAACAGCAAGCUGGUUCACAGGGACCGGGACAGGAGGCUGCCUUCCUCACCAGCCUCUUCCUCGCCCAAGCAUGAGGAUGAAACACCGAAGGGAACCCCAGAAAAGGCCAGCGAGGGCUCGGAGCAUUGGGUAUUUAUAGAGAGAGAAACUUCUAGGCUGGAAGAGGUAGCUCUAAAGAAAGCUCUGGGAGUCAAGAAAGAAGAAGCACGUGCAGGUACUUCAGAGGUGAAAAUGAGUGUGAGCAUGUCGAAAGUGGAGAUGGCAGUAGGGAAAGCCAAGGAAGUGGCAGGCCAGGAAGAGACAACAGAUGCAGAUCUGGAGACCUGGAAGAGAGCAAAAAUGAUUGCUAGUCCCGAAGAUUUUGAGUCUGUCUGGGAGGAUGAGAUCUAUGAGAAGGAAACCAGGGAGGAGCCCAGCAUGGAGGCAAAGUGCUUGCCACCUGAGGGAGCAGAGGAGGAGCCCAAAGAGAGAGGCGAGGAAGUAACUGCAAGUGAACCAGGUCUGUCCAGGCCAAGCCAGCAGCCUGAAGAGAAGCAAAGGACAAAGACUUUGGGACCAGAUCUGCCCCAGGGAGAAAGCAAGAUGAUCUCUGAGGAGCAUGUUUCUGCAGCCUCCAGGAAGCAGGAUGCCAGAGUGCUAACUGCAACCACAGAGUUCAUUAAAAUUAAAGUGAAGUCAAGUGAUGACAACACAGAGACUUCUGCUACACAGAGGAUCAUCUACUUAGGAGACCUAGAGGGAGAUGAGAAGGACAAUAAAACACAUCUGCUUUCAGAGGCAGGAGGACAGCUUGACUUGGUGGAGAUGCCAGAAACCACAGUGAACAGGCCAGGAGAGGAAUCAGAGCCCACAGCGCCCAUGGAAGAAAGGUUCCAGUCCACUUCCUCAGUGUAUGAGCAACAGAGAGCAGUAUCAGAAAAACCUGCCGUAGUGCCAGAGCAGCCUGAGACAGGCUAUGAUGAGACAAGCCCUGCAGGACAUCCUCCCUUGGAGCAGGAGCACCGUUUGUCAGUGCAGCAAGAGGAAGCAACAGCGAGUCUUAGGGGCUGUGAAACACAGGAGAAAGAUGAAACCAUGUUGUGUUCCCAGGAGGUGGGCUCAGAUGAAAAAGAUCUGCAAAGCCCAGUAGGAGGAUUGAAGCUGGGUGCCCUGGAAGGGGAAGGCAGUAGGGCUGAGGACCCGAAACAGAGCCCAGCUGCAGGAGAGCAGUGGGGCACGGACGUCUCUGUGACAGAGUGGAGGCUCUCAGAAAGAACCAUACCUGAUGGGAAUGAGGAGGAAAGCUCCAGAGUGGUUCUGCAGAUGGAAGAGAUAGAGACUAAAUCAUCCUCUUCAGCUGUGUCUCAGCAGGGCUGCCCUCAUGCCACUGCAGGGCUGGAGGAGGAUGAACCCAGCACUCCCACCCAUGGGCCCUUUCCCCAGCAACCGGGCCCUGUCCCUGGAGAGCCAGCCCAGGACGCAGAAUCCGAAGGCCAAGACCUGUCCUGGGGCACCAGCCUUGUGAGAGGUGUGGGCACACUGGAGUAUGUGAACCCCUCAAAAGAGGUGACAUGCAGGGAGGCAGGUUCUGCAGGGGCGCUCAAGGACAUGAGCCCUGUGACAGAGUAUGAAACACCCGGGGACGUGAGUUCUGAACCUGAAGAAAGACCACAAGAUGUGGGCUUUGCUACAAGGAAAAUACACCAAGAUGCAAGUCCUGUUGCAAGAGGACUACACCAAAACAUAGACAGUGCAGCAGAGCCAGUCAGAGAUCCGGCCACAGGGGAGGAUGUCUGGGACUCAAACCCUGUCACUACAAAGGGAGUCCAGAGAACCACAGAAAAGCCACUCCAGAAAGAAAAGCCUGUGAUAAAAGAGCUCUCCCAGAACAUAGGGCGCAGAUCAGGAAAGCUGAUGGGAGAUGAAGGCUGUGGAAUGCAAGAAUUAUCCCAUGACAAAAGCCCUUGCAUCAAACAGCUGCCUUCCAAGGCAGAAGAAGCAGAACAAAAGACUGAGACCAUUAUAGGACACCUGCCUCCAAAGGGUCCUGAGUCUGGAGGGCCGCUCCACACUGCACAUACCAAAGCACAAGAGCCGCCCUGGGACUUGGAGUUUAAUGUGGGACAAGCUCUGCAAGGCAGGAGCUCUGUGGUAGGAGAACCUGCUAGGGACAGUGACCUUGCUCUGGGGCAGCCAGUGCAGCCUCCCGAAGAAGAUGCUGAUGUCCUGCACUCCCACUCCAUAGUUACGGGAAUACGUCAAGAAAACACAAUGUUCCAGCUUUCAACCUCUAUGUAUGAAGGCAGUGAAGAGCUGCAAGUGAGCAGUGGGAUACAGAAAAGAGAGUCUGGGCCAUUGGUGUGUACUGAUGGUAGGACAGAAACUGUGUCCCAGGAGCACAGAGGUGUCACUGAGGCCCCGCUCCUGGGUAGCUGGCAGGACAGUGAGAGCUACAAGAAGACCUCAGUGGCCUCUAAGAUUAAGAUGUUUGAGCAAAGUGAAGCUGAGCGAAGGGCAGCCCAGGAGGAAGAAGAGCAUUUGCCUGAAACUGAGACACCAGCAAAAGCAAAGGGGAAGAUGAAUCUGACACAGGACGUGCUUUUGAACACAGGCCCCAUCUCACCUCCAUCGCUGACAGGUACUCUGGUGGAACUGGCAUCCAGUGUGGGCUCAUUUGCCCUCAAGGGGCAAGGGGCUGGUUCAGGAAACUCCUCUCAGCCCCUGUCUCUGAAGGAAGAUGUUUCUGUUGAUCUGGAGCAUGGAGAAGACAGUGCUGACCUGGCUUCCCCUGACUCCGGCUGUGAACUCACACUGGCAGAAGCCGUGAGCAAAUCUCAGGAACCAAGUGGGGAAGAAAAGGAUUUAUCUGACCCGUCUGUAAAAUCCAGCAUGAAAGAAGAGAAUUUAAAGACUGCUGUUCCAGUGGUCUUACAGAGAGCAGGCUUGAGGGAGGGCACCGAAGAGAAAGCUAAGCCACCUCGGCACAAGGCUCCUGAGAGUGACACUGGUGAUGAGGAGCAGGACCAGGAGAAGGACGCAGUGUUUCUGAAGGACAACCACCUGGCCAUCGAGCGCAAGUGCUCCAGCAUCACGGUCAGUUCAACCUCCAGCCUGGAGGCAGAGGUGGACUUCACAGUGAUUGGUGACUUCCAUGGAACAGCCUUUGAGGAUAUCUCCCGAAGCCUGCCCGAGCUGGACAAGGACAAGAGUGAGAUGGAAGAUGAAGGUCUGGUUUCCUUCCAGCAUACUGACAAAGUAGUUCCUGGACUGGAAGAAGAUGUCAAAGUCAGGGAGAAAGUCUCCCAGCCCAGCACAGAUGUCUCCCAGCUAGAGUCACGAGCCCUGAAAACGGAUGCUGUGACUGUUUGUCUGGGGUUGGGCACAAAGAAUCCUGAAGACGCCUCUGCUCCUCACCAGAUCAGCACCCCAGAAGCAGCCCAGGUGGAAGGAAGCGCCCUUGGCCACAAAGACGCGACAACUGCUGCUCAGGCAGUCACCGCAGAGACUGUGCCAACAACCUCAGAUAACACCACCAAGCCUGGGAAAGGGGCUGGCCCCGUGACAGAACUUCGCUCUGUGUCACCGAUCACCGGCAGCUCCACUGGGAAGGAAGUGCUCACCAGCAUAUUCAGUGCCACUGCAGAAACCCUCUCUACUUCCACCACUACCCAUGUUACCAAGACUGUGAAAGGAGGAUUUUCAGAGACCAGGAUAGAGAAGCGCAUCAUUAUCACAGGAGAUGAAGAUGUGGACCAGGACCAGGCACUGGCUUUAGCAAUCAAGGAGGCAAAACUACAGCAUCCUGACAUGCUGGUAACCAAAGCUGUGGUAUACAGAGAAACAGAACCUUCUCCAGAGGAAAGAGACAAGAAACCUCAGGAAUCUUGACCAACAUGUUCUUGGAAGUCAACAUCUGUAUUCAAACCUGGAGAACAGUGAAGAAGGAGCCUUCAUGCUGGAUUUGUCAGCAAGACAUAGACAUCCUGGCUGCAAUGUUUAUGGCGAGAGACAAAAUUUUUAAAAAAGGAAUAGCAAAUAUAUUAUAUAUAUAUAUACAUACAUACACACACACACACACACAUAUAUAUAUAUAUAUAUAUAAAAACAGGAAACAAAAUGCAUCCUUGCACUGCUGCUAUAUGCUGGAAAUGAAUAGCAAACAACAACAACAAACAAAACCACCCUCUUUGCAGAUAAAUUGAAGAAUUUACUGGAUUGGUGAUAAAAUAAGAUCAUAAAAACAUAAUAACAAUAAUACAAUAAGCCACCAUCUUGCAUGUUACAUUAAAGGAUACACAAUCAUGAGUUCAUUUGUUGCACAUUAAAUGGAAAGGAAAACUGCUUUGCAACAAAGCAAGAAAUAAGCAAACUGAAAUAAAACAAACACAAGCAGAAGCAAAACCAUUCCCCACCUCUGGAAAGAAGAGAGAAAAACAUUGAGUUUAUUACUUUAGAGUUAUUUUCCGAUUUGGAAGUUUGAUUUCACCCUUCUCCUCAUUCCAUGCUGGUUCUUUUGCAUCUUUUGGGGUUCUGUUAACUCUUCCCCUUCUCUGUGCACUUGUCCAACCUCUUGUUCUCUGAAGGUAUUUAAGAAUUGAUUUCAUUUCAAACAAAACAAAUGAUAUGUAUAUGGUUUCUCAUUUAUAAAAAUGCAGCCUGUAGGGGUUUCAUAUGGAUGUGCAUUUAAGUUAUGUAUAUUAUUAUAUAUAACAAGGGGGGAGGGGGGGAACAAUACUGAAAUAAUUCAACAGCACUGGUAAAUAUGAUGACAUUUUUAAAUUAUUACCUAUUUGGUUGACUGUGGUUGGUGUAUUUUGAGACUCUUAGAUCACAUUGGGACUCUUAGUCCUGCAAGAAGAGAACAGGGAAGGUGUCAGCCACUGCUGUUUGGAGGGAGGAAGGGGAGAGAGAGAGGUGGGAGAAGUCCUGCUGACUGAUCCACAUGACAGAGGAGAGCUGGGUUUCCUGUUGCAGUAUGUGGUGUUUGGAAAAGGUUGCUCAGUGGUGAGUUGGAAGGGCAAGGAAGGAGGUUCAGGCUGCUCCUGCAGCCUGAGAUCCUCUCCCUGGCUCCCACCCAAAGGCAUCAGCAUCAGCUGGGAUCAAGGUUGCAGCUGCAGGACUGUGUUCAUCGCUUCUCUUCAGCUCAUUGAGCUGUGAAGACUUUUGGGUUGUUUUGGAUUGAUUUGGAUUGUUUCUGGAUCCCAGUAAUGCAGUUACUCAAGAUUUGUAGUAGGAAGGGUUGGAGGCAGAGUAGUUGUUUCUGCCCUGCUUUCCUGCUGCCCAGGGUGCGACGGUUAGUGAUGGUGAUGGCAGAGCAAUGGCAGUCCUUUCCUGUCCUUGCCUCCAGGUGCUGCCCAAGGGCAGGCAGUAGAGAGACCACGUCGUCUCCAUCACUGCAGUGUCCCAAGUGUACAAGGCUGGAUGACAGAGCCUGGUCCUUCUAUGUAAGGAGGCAUGUGUCAAGGAGAUACCAGUGAAGCUGCCUGCCCCACAACUCACGAUGACUCUGCCUUUAGAGACGGGCCUUCUCUAUGGCUGCCUUUGGAAGGGGAUUAUGGGCCAAGCCCAGGGUCUUGUACACUGUGAACCAGGCAGUUAGAGUAGACUUGGAACAAAAAUCAGAAAGGAAAGGAAAUUAACACAUUUCCGUUUUGGGAUUAUCUCUAUCUCCUGUGUAAACAGAAGGGCCCACAAUUCUGCACCAUUUUGCCUUUAGUCUCCCAUCCUUCACACAGACUGCCCAGAAAUAGGUGCAUUUAACUGGUUUCUGCAAUGGAUCUGAGGAUGACAGUGAGCAGGGAGAGCCUGAGCCAUUAGGAUGUUGUGGGCAGACCUCCCUUACCAAAUCUUCUGUCCUGGUCUCUGGCAGCCUUGGAUCACCAGCUGCUUGCUAUUAUGUCCUCAUGAAGUCUGUUCUCCUUCCGGUGUAUAGGUUUCCCCUGCAAGCAUUGAAGACUUGAGCACAGGCUACUUGGACAGUGGACAGAGUUGAUGGCUGAUGCCAGUGCAGUCAUGUUCCUGGAGAAGUUGGUUGUGGGGUCUCCCUCAGCUUCUGUCUGAGUGCGUUCAUCUGCUUGUGACCUGCUGCUUUUAGAGACCAGACCCCAAAACAGAAAGAAUUAAGGCAGUUGCAAAGAGGCUAAUUUUCUCUCUUUCCUUUUUAUAUACACCCAAGCCAGCUGUCAAUAGCAGUCACACUUUCAGAGACACGCACCGGGUGACAGAGGACCAGUUCUCAGUGCCUGCACAGGGCAUCCAGCCCUUCUCGCCUAUUAGCAAUGAUCUGCACACCGUGCUGGUUGUUCUUCAGCACGCUUUAGUUCAUACUCAGAGGAGCCCAUGUGGCUUUGCUACCCUUACAACCAACCACAGGCUACUCUGAAGAUAGAUACCUGCUUUUUUCAUCAUGUGUACCAUUAUAAAAAUGAAGGUUACUGUUAAAAUUAGUGGCCUUACACAGUUAGAAUUGAUGUGAGUUUGGACUCAGACUAGUUAUGUGUGGAGUGAGUGGAUCCAGUUCCCUGGCUUCCGCAGCUUGUUUAAUGGGGGUGACAAUGUUCCAAAAAAAAAAAAAAAAAAGGAAGAAAAAAAAAAAAAAGGAAAAAAGCUCACUGCUUGUUCACCUGGUGAGGUGCGGGUUUCUGCUGCUCAGCAACAAUUGAUGCCCCUGCGGGCUUGGCUCUUGCAGCCUGCCCCUCGUGUUGCUGCCGUUUUGGAUAGCUGAUUACCAUUUGUUUUCUUCCAGGGGCCUUUCUGUUGAAAGGGAUGAGAGACAUGAGUGCCUGUUUUUACCUGAUCCCAUAAAUCCAUUCCAAACCUGGCCUGCAAUUGCAUGAGUAAUAUUAACAGUAACAAUAACAAUAAAUAUUUAUUUUUAUUUGAAAAGCACCUUACCAACCAACUGCAGUGCUCUGUUGUUCCUUCACUAACUCCCCUUUUCUCUUCCCUUGUUCUUCUUCUCCCCCCUUCAGUCAUACUCCUUUUCAGUGCUCGGUGGUGUAUGCGUGUGUGCUCACUGUUCUUGUAUUCAAUAAAAGUGAAAUAAAUGUGUUUGAUGCUAAACCA